AUGACUAUGUCCGAGCAAGUCACCCAACCCAAUUCCAAAACUUUGUGGAUUUGGCCUAGCGGCAUCUUCCCGCGCCGCGUGGCAUACUACCUUCGCGUGAAAGGACUAUCCACCGCCGACUUGGACAAAGAGAAUCUAAGGCUGAUCCCAUGCCACAUCGAUACAACGUCCCAAGAACUCAAUCUUGAAGCUAUCCCAGGCUAUGAGAAACGACCACCCGGAUUCUCGCUUCCAGUCCUUCGUAUCAUCGACUCAGAAAAGAAAACAUUCAUUGCCGAAUCCUCCAGCAUACUAGAGUACCUUGAAGAUCUGUUUCCAGAUCUACAGGGCUACCACAACCUCCGAGGAGACGACAUUAUCCAGAAAGCAAAAGUUCGUGAUAUUGUUCAACUUACGAACGAGUUGCUUACAUGGUGCAACGUGCAAGUCCGUCACUCGACUGAUUUUAGCCUGCUGUGGAGCGGGAUGACAAAAGAACAACAAAGUGUAGCUGCUGCGGAAGAUGCAAAGGUUCAGAUUGCUCGGAUGUUGAAACGAUUGGAGUCAUGGAUAGAUGACAAUGGAAAUGUUAGUCUGGUCAGGACUGCGUUGCCUACGACGGCAGACGUGACAGUCGCCGCGGCGAAGGUUUCGAUGGAGGAGAUUUAUGGUAUUCGGCUCUUUGAAGGAUUUCAUAAGCUUGAGGCUUGGUGGGGUCGAUAUGAAGCAAAUCCUUGGUUUGUAACCAAAUCUGAGAUGGAAGAUGUUGAGAAUGGCAACAUUGUUUCCCUGUUAUCACAGUGUUAG